CAAAGAAAACCCAGAGAAAAGAAAAGGAGAUGGGAACUUUAUCGCUCUUGUUUCCUAUCUCUCUCUCAGCUUCACUUGGACCAAAUAUUUAUUCAUCUUCAAAAACCAAUCUCCGUUCAUGGCCUCUGACAUCAUUAAACGCUCAUAAUCGCGCCAAAAUUAGGGGCAAAUAUGUAGUUUUUGGAGGGAAAUCAAGUGGGCAAAAUGAGUCGCAGUUCUUGGAUGAAAAUGGCGUUGUUGAAGAUAUGGAUGGCUAUCUUAAUUAUCUUUCUCUUGAAUACGACUCCGUUUGGGACACCAAGCCUUCAUGGUGUCAACCAUGGACAAUAGCGCUGACCGGAGUAUCAGCGAUUGCCGGUAGUUGGUUGUUUUUUCACUCAGCUGUAGCUACAUCUGCUAUAACCUUGUUAGUAUGCGCCUGGUGGUACAUUUUUCUUUAUUCUUAUCCCAAGGGAUAUGCAGACAUGAUUGCAGAACGGAAAAAGAGAGUGACGACUGGUGUUGAAGAUACAUAUGGUGUAAAGAAGAUUUAGUUAGGCUUCCGAUUGUCUCGAAACGUAGGAAUUGAAUAUAAUUAGUUCUUUGAAGUCAUGAGAAGAAGCCAGUUUAAGUAUGUCGUGGCUCUUUAGAUUAUAUCCUUUACAAGAGUGAAGAAUGCGAAGAUCAUAAGCAUGCUUUUAGUCCAACAUAUACAAAUGCCAGCAGAUAUUUGCUGAGAUUUCUGGUGGAAUGCCAACAGAUAUUUGCUUACCAAGUAAAUCAUGCCUUGUGAUUGUAAUUGAACAAACCAUUGUGUAGAUUAAAAAAGUCCCCAAGGACAAUUGCUUUUGUAGUAA